AUGUACAAGAUGGAUUACUCCUACCUGAACUCGUACGACUCUUGCAUGGCGGCCAUGGAGGCGUCGGCGUACGCGGACUUCAACUCCUGCAGCCAAGCCAACACCUUCCAGUACAACCCCAUCCGCAGCAGCUUCGCCGCCAGCCCGGCCUGCCCGCCGCUCAGCACCGCCAACUGCACCCUGGGCGCCCUCCGAGACCACCAGCCCUCGCCCUACGCCACAGGUAAGGGCGCCGCCGACGGCCGGUUGGGAUGGAUGACCUCCCGGGUACCACUCCGGCGCCAGGGCUCCAGGAGACGAGGGCUCCGUUGCCGAGGCGCGCAGGAGGAGGGCACCCCCGGCCUGAGACGGGCACGGAGCUGGUUUGCCCGGCGGGCCGGAGGCGCGGCUUCGGCCGGCCCGUGGGAGGCUCAGGCCGGCCCGCCAGCCUGGAAGCCGCUCCGGAGUGGGGUCGGCUGGUUCCAGGGGCCAGGAGCGAGGGACUCCUCCUUCGGAAUAUUGGGGAGGCAGAGACACCCCCCAAAAGAAGCCCAGAGUCUCUGGCUGGUUCUCACCCCGUCUCUCUCUCUCUCCCUGGUUCCAAUUUUUGUCUUGCAACCCGGCCGACCCUCGCCGCUUUAUUUCCUUUCCCCCCUUCGCAGAGGGUGGGGGGAGCUCGCAACCCACCAGGUAUAAACCAAUUUUGCAAAAUGCAGUUAUAAAGAUAUAACAUUUGUGCCUAAUCGAGUUAAAGGGCUCCGUCGCCCCUCUGUUCACAGCCAAAACAAAUUAAUGCGUAAUCGGGUUAGAGCAAAUGGAAGGAUUAGAUCAAGGAAUCUAAUUCGAUAUUUUGCAGAAAUUGCUCCCAGAAAAAUAUAUAUACUAUUUUUUUAUGGAAUUUAUUAAUCUGGAGGAAGGAAGCGUCCGUCGCUGGCGUUCUUUUAGGCUGGCGGGGAGAGGUUUAUCUAGUUUACCAAAAAGGGCGCGAUCCGGUUCGGGUUGAAAGCGUCGAGGACCUGGUAUCUUCGCUGAGCAUCUUCGAGUACGCUGGCCUCCUAAAGGGGAUUAAAAAAAAAAAAAAGGAAUUCUAUAUUUUGCCUUGUAGCGAUUCGAUUGCUAUAAUUUCCAAAGCAAAAUUUGUAACUAACUAAAACUGUGCUGGAAAUUGACGGGAGAGUUUGCGUUUACAAAGUAUCUGGAAGAGAAAUCCCCAGAUGUGGAAUUUGAUGGAUUAAUUUGUGUUUGCAAAAAAACACAAACAAAAAACCCGACAAGGGCGAAGCAUCAGAUGGUAUCCUAGAGACGAACAGGUUUCCUUUGCCACAGGUAAUCUGUUUUGCCUUUAAGAUACCCCAGAAGACGUUUCCUGGGUUUUCCUCUAAAACCCAGGCGCUUUUAAGGCAAUUCUUUCCCCCACCCUGAAAGGAAAUUCUGGGUUUUGCGUGACUUAUCCGCGCCUACGCUUCGAAAUGCGUAUCGUGCGCCGGAAUUACUCUCCGCGGUGGAAGGAGGACGCGCUUCUCGUUCGGCCUCCUCCUGUGUAAAUGUAGGCAAGAGAGGCAAGACGCCACCCAGCAGGCCAAGAGCCCUUCAAGAGAGGCAGACGGGGUGUUAAUUUCACUCACACACAAACACACGGAGAGACAGUGUGGCCUAGCGGUUAGAGUGGGAGACCAGGGUUCAAAUCCUCGCUCGGCCACGAAGCUCACUGGGUGGCCUGGGGGGGGGCAGUCACUCAAGCUCAGCCUAGCCUACCCCAGAGGGUUGUUGUGGGAAUUAAAUGAGAAAGGGACUGAGCGCCCCCCCCCCCAGCUCUUUGGAGCGAAAGGUAAGCUAGGAAUGCAGUGAAUGAAACUAUCAACGAUAAAGAUAUUGUUACAAGCCAACCCAAUCUCUGCUGGGCAAUGCGCAAGAUUCCAGGGACUCUUGACAACACAUCCCUUCCGCUUUCCUCUUAUUUUCCUCUGCAAUAAUUGCCACGGACGAAUAUCACGGUAUCUGAAGACGUGUGAAAGCUCAUACCCAGAACAAACUCUAAGGUGCUACUGGACAAUUUUUAAUUUAUUCUGCCACGGACGAAGCGUUCUGUGUGACUCCAAACCUUGCCUACGCCUCAUGCCUCUCGCGAGGAGCACGUUUGAUCUGAGACCAACCCGGAAUGAGCCCACCUGGGCGAUAUUGCGAUGUAAAAUCAAGAAAAUUAAAUACAGGACCACGACCAUUUAAACUCAAAAUCUCCAUCUCUUUCCCACGUGUGUCUCCCCCCCACACCUGUGCUUUUUGAGGGGGGUGGGAAUGCAGCUGGGUGCGAUUUUCCUCCAAUAACAUUGUGCUUGAAAAGCCGCCGGCGCAGCUCACCAUUCUGGGGGCGCUUUUAAAAUGCCAUUCCGGUUUGGGAGAAUUUGGGCAGGAUCUAAUAAUCGGAUAUCAGCCGUGUAAGAGAAGUAAGUUUUCCCCCUAAGUAAAUGGGCGUCGGGGUUUGGCCUUAAUGUCUCAUUGAAUCCGAUGGGGGAGGGUGACUAUAUUUAAAACCUGCAGUUGAGUUUAAUGGACCCGGACAGUGCCCUGAUGUACCGCCUUAAAGUGACUUUGCGCUAUAUCGGGAUUAUUUCAUUCCCCCUUCAUUUCUGGCGCGAGCAAAACACAAUCCGGAUUUUGCUUCUGGAGUUACUGGUUGCAAUAAUAGUCGGUUUGCAAGGACCGAAUGGAGGUUUCGUCAACCUUUUAGCCAUUCCAACCCACUCAUUCGCUCGAGAUAGGAAACGAAUCCGCAUUUAGCAACAAGUAGGAAAUUAAUUCGGAUUUAGGAACAAAUAGGAAACGAAUCCUGAUUUAGCAACAAACAUCAAAACAUUGAGGUCUUUUGUUUUGAAGGAACAAGACUCCGAAAUAAGGGAGGCGGCCCACUCCUCAAAGCGAAACCCUUGCGGUUCCGAAGCACCUUACCUGAAAUUUAAAUCAUAUGCGUUUUUACAAGGGAAACACGCCUGAAAAUGAAUCUAGUUUAUAAUGACGCGGUCAGAAUGAAUUCCUAGUCGAUUUCAAGGCAGCUGUGUAAAUGACCAAACGGUGCUUGAAAUCGACCUCGGGGUGAAAAAAAGAAUUUCAGUUGGCGAACCCCGAAAAGGUAACCAACAAUUUGGGGACGGAGGAGUCACUUUCGUUGCUUCAGUUUAAAACAGAAUGACUGGACCACCGUGGGCCGCUCAGAUUUAAUUCGCGUCGUUGCCAAGUCGGAUGAAUGCAAAUGUCGAAGUAUAGAUGUAAAGCGGACGAGCGUUCAAGAAUUCAGGAAUGAAAGCAGGGGCGGGCGCGUCAGGCUUGCAGCUCUCCAGGCGACAUCUGGGGAAUUCAUUUAUUAAGUCCCCGGCUAUCAGUAAAUCCAACGCGGCUGCCUGCUUUUCCAGCAGUAUCGCCAUUUAAUUUCUUAUUUAUUGCAUUUAUUUAUUGCCUUUAUAGCCCGCCUUUCCCCACCAAGGAUAAUAAUAAUAUUUAUUAUUAUUUAUACCCCGCCUAUCUCUCUGCUCCUUAAUUAACCCUCACAAGGACCCUGCGGGGGAGGUUAGGCUGAGAGAGGCAAUGACUGGCCCCCCGUCACCCGCACCCAGUGAGUUUCAUGGCCGAUAGGGGGAUCGGGACCCUGGAGUCCCGGAUCCUCGUCCGACGCUCUAACCACUAGGCCGCACGUUUUCUCCCGUAUCCGGAGCAAUAAAUGCCAUCCAGGGGGAAUUCCACCCGCAGCCGCGCCUCAAGACCGAGGAGACCGCGAUGCCUUCACUUCUCCUGGGCGCCUCUGCGGGAGAGCACUGCUCUGGGUUCCUUCCCCCAAGCGCUAGCCUAGGCCUGUCUACUCAGAAGUAAACCUCAUUGGGUUCCACGGAGCCUUACUCCCCGGGGAAAGCGCGCGCAGGAUUGCGGCCCAGCACGUCGCUUGAACCCAGCUGCUCAAACGGGAUGACAAAAAAACGGCCCCCAGGAAAUAGCUAGGAGGCCACCGAUAUGUAAAAUUUAUAUUUUAUAUUUAAUUACUUAAACAAUAAACAAUAGAGUCUUAAACAAUAAACAAAUAAAGCAUUAAAAUGAUAAAUAAAAAUAAUUAAAGACUCUGCCUACUGCGCAGAAUGCAACGGGGGGCGGCCGCGCUCUACUCGGAAGUAAGAGCCGCUUAUCCCCCACAAAAAUGGCAAUCGAAACCGAAAGAGAGAGAGGGUCCCGUUUGGGAAUGUUCCCUCCCUCCCUGCAGCAGGAUCCGACCCCUCAUUUUCUUCCCAGCCCGGGCAGAGUUAAAUAAACAGAGAUAACCACCCCACGCCCUGGUGCCAUCGCCACCCGGCAACAUAACGGCACCGCUGCCUAUUAAAAAAUGUUCCAGAGUUUUAAAUUUAUUUUUUUUAAAAAAAUAAAAUAAUAUUCUUUUUUAAUUUUAACAAUCUAAGGACCAUCCUAUUUUUUUUGCAUGAAAGCUCAUCGAUCUGCAUAAAGUCCGUCUGAAUUAAUCCGGAUUGAGUUAAUCCGGUCUACAUACAACCCUCUACCCAAAUCAGGAGUACGACUCGCCUUUUAAGCAACGGGAGUGAGGGCGGGGGCGGGAGAAAAGGACUUCUGGCUUUGACAUUCUUGAGGCCCUGCUGAGCUGCUGGACGAAUAUGGAUCGCCUGAUCUUAGAUGGAAAACAAAAGCCAGUCAGGUCGAAAAGCAACCAAAAUAAAGUUGGUUUAAUUUAUCUUUCGUCAGACAUAGAAUUGUAGAGUUGGGUGGGGAACCCCGAGGGUCAUCUAGUCCAACCCCCUACGAUGCAGGAAUUUCAGCUAAAGCGUCCCUGACAGAUGGUCACCCAACCUCUGCUUGAAAACCUCCAAGGAGGGAGAGUCUACUCUACAACCUCCCAAGGGAGACCGCUCCAUGGUCAAAUAGCUCUUACUGUCAGAAACUUUCCCCUGAUGUUGAAUCGGAAUCUCAUUUCUUGUGACUUGAAGCCAUAGGUUCGAGUCCUACCUUGCAGAUCAGGAGAAAACGAGAUUGUUGCCUCUUCCAUGUGACAGCCCUUCAGAUAUUUGAAGAUGGCUCUCCUCUUUUCCAGUCUCCUCUUUUCCAGGCUAAACAUGUCCAGCUCCUUCAACCGUUCCUCAUCAGGCUUGGUUUCCAGACCCUUGAUCAUCUUGGCUGCCCACCUUCCAGCUUGUCAACAUCCUUCUUAAAUUGUGCUGCCCAGAACUGGACACAGGACUCCAGGUUGGGGCUCUGACCAAGGCAGGAUAGAGCAGAUUUAUGACUUCCCUUGAUCUGGACACUAGACUUCUGUAGAUGCAGCCUAGAAUAGUGUUAGCCUUUUUUGCUGCUGCAUCACACUGUUGAUUCAUGACUUGUGGUCCACCAAGAUCCCUAACUCCUUGUCCUGCUAGUAAGCCAGCUGCCCCACCCCACCCCGUUUCCAAGCACAAUUCAAAGUGUUGGUGCUGACCUUUAAACCAGGCAUAGGCAAACUCUGCCCUCCAGAUGUUUUGGGAAUACAACUCCCAUCAUCCCUAGCUAACAUGGCCAGUGGCCAGGAAUGGUGGGAAUUGUAGUCCCAAAACAGCUGGAGGGCCAAGUUUGCCUAUGCUUGCCCUAAACGGCCUCGGUCUAGUAUACCUGAAGGAGCGUCUCCACACCCCAUCGUUCUGCCCAGACACUGAGGUCCAGCGCUGGGGCCUUCUGGCAGUUCCCUCCCUGCGAAAAGCCAAGUUACAGGGAACCAGGCAGAGGGCCUUCUCAGUGGUGGUGCCCACCCUGUGGAACAGCCUCCCACCAGAUGUCAAAGAGAACAACAACUACCAGACUUUUAGAAGACAUUUGAAGGCAAACUUGUUUAGGGAAGCUUUUAAUGUUUGAUGGACUACUGUAUUUUAAUAUUUGUUGAAAGCCGCCCAGAUGGGCAGGGUAUAAAUAAUUUAUUAUUUUUAUUUAUUUAUUAUUAUUAUUAUUAUUAUUAUUAUUAUUAUUAUUAUUAUUUAUUAUAUUUGUGGAUCUGGUUCUUCCUGCCUAAGUUCAGGAAUGAAAUCCACUCGGUUAGUUUGGGCUUCAAUCUGUUAAGGUCAUUUUGAAUUCCGAUCCUACGACAUUAGCUGCCCCCUCCCCCAGUUUGGUGUCCAACCUGCAAACUGGAAGAGCACCCCCUCAAUUCCUUCAGCCAAGUCAUUUAGAGAUGUACAUGUUUUGCUCUCCAGGAAGCCCCCUUAGCCCAAAGGCCUCCGAAAGUGGCCCCGACUGAACCCCGAGUUAAGAAGCGGGGAGCAAAUCGCGACUCCCAACCUCGCUGGGAUCAUUUUUAACAUCUCCUCAGCAAAGCCAAAGGGACGACGGGGGUAUUGGGCCCUGAUCCCAGCGUGGAUCCCUUCCCUCCGAGUCCACGUGAGCCGCGCAGAGGGAUCCCAGCGGAAGCGCAUCGCCGAUCCAGCAGCUCCGCCUGAAGCCGAGGGAGGGAUGCGGCAGGCGGAGCCCGUCCGCUUCCAAGUUAGAGCGCGGCGGGUUGGGAGGGCUUUACUCCCGAGUAAGCGCGGGUAGCGCAUCUGCAAACUGGAGCCAGUUGAGGCGGUGUAAAGACAGUUGGGUUGGAACUGAAAACUCGCCGUUCUUGCGAUGCGCGUUUAAGGAAUCCCGAUAUAAGGGCUGCAGAAAUGGAGUUGUCACCGCGGAUUGGAGAAUCUCAUGACCUGGAGAAAUUGGAUGGAGGAAAGCUCUCCUCCUUCUCUUAUAACACACGAAAUCGCGGCCAUUCGGUGAAUGUCGGAGGAUUCAGGACGCAUAGCAGAAAGCCGUUCUUCAAGCAACACAGAGUUGAACCGUGGAACUCCCUGCCACUGGAGACAACGGUGGCUUUAAAAGAUUCACGGAGGAGGAGAGGGCUAUGGAAGGCUACUAACCAGGAUGGCUCUGCUUUGCCUCCACAGUGGGAGGCGGCGAUGCUUCUGAAUCCCAGUUGGUGUAAAAUUCAGGAGGGGUCAUAGGGGGGCUCUUGCGCUCGUAUCCUCCUUACAGCCCCCCCCCCAUGUCUGCGGCCACUGUGAGAAUCGGAUGCUGGACUAGAUGGGCCGAGCAGGCUCUGCUCACGUUCUCAUCAUCAUCAUCAGUUUAAACCGGAGUCACUUCGGAUUCGCGCUAGCUAGCGCAAGAUCGCGUCACCCAGACGUUGCUGGGCGGCCGCCCAUGCAGCGCUGGGGCAGGCCGAGCAAAAGGCUUGACUUGCGGGUCUCCUUCUCCCCACCACCCGCAGAUCGAGCGCUAUUUGCGGCCGCGUGGGCUUCAGAAUCGCGAAGCAGCUGCCGCAGGAGCCUGGGCUGACGCCUGGGGGCUCUGGAGACCCCAGCUAUUCGGCUCUCCCCAACAACGUCUCGAUUUUUGGUACUUUCUCUCCAGGGAGGUGUGGAAGGGGAAGGCGUCGUCCUUCUCCUUUUAGGUUUGGACUAUGCAAAAGCCUUUGACUGUGUCGACCACAGCAAACUAUGGCAAGUUCUUAAAGAAAUGGGAGUGCCUGAUCACCUCAUCUGUCUCCUGAGAAAUCUCUAUGUGGGACAAGAAGCUACAGUUAGAACUGGAUAUGGAACAACUGAUUGGUUCGAAAUUGGGAAAGGAGUACGACAAGGCUGUAUAUUGUCUCCCUGCUUAUUUAAAUUAUGCAGAAUUCAUCAUGCAAAAGGUUGGGCUGGAUGAAUCCCAAGCCGGAAUUAAGAUCACCGGAAGAAAUAUCAACAAUCUCAGAUAUGCAGAUGACACAACCUUGAUGGCGGAAAGUGAGGAGGAAUUAAAGAACCUUUUAAUGAGGGUGAAAGAGGAGAGCGCAAAAUAUGGUCUGAAGCUCAACAUCAAAAAAACGAAGAUCAUGGCCACUGGUCCCAUCACCUCCUGGCAAAUAGAAGGGGAAGAAAUGGAGGCAGUGAGAGAUUUUACUUUCUUGGGCUCCAUGAUCACUGCAGAUGGUGACAGCAGCCACGAAAUUAAGAGAUGCCUGCUUCUUGGGAGAAAAGCAAUGACAAACCUAGACAGCAUCUUAAAAAGCAGAGACAUCACCUUGCCAACAAAGGUCCGUAUGGUAAAAGCUCUGGUUUUCCCAGUAGUGAUGUAUGGAAGUGAGAGCUGGACCAUAAAGAAGGCUGAUCGCCGAAGAAUGGAUGCUUUUGAAUUCUGGUGCUGGAGGAGACUCUUGAGAGUCCCAUGGACUGCAAGAAGAUCAAAUGUAGCCAUUCUUAAGGAAAUCAGCCCUGAGUGCUCACUGGAAGGACAGAUCAUGAAGCUGAGGCUUUGGCCUCCAAGACUUUGGCCACCUCAUGAGAAGAGAAGACUCCCUGGAAAAGACCCUGAUGUUGGGAAAGAUGGAGGGCACAAGGAGAAGGGGGCGACAGAGGACGAGAUGGCUGGACAGUGUUCUGGAAGCUACCAGCAUGAGUUUGACCAAACUGCGGCAGGCAGUGGAAGACAGGAGGGCCUGGCAUUCCCUGGUCCAGGGAGUCGGACAUGACCAAACGACUAAACAACAACAACGUCUCAGUUUUUGGUACUUUCUCCCCCGGGAGGCCUGGAAGUGGAAGGCGUCGUCCUUCUCCUUUUAGGCUUGGAGGCUUUCCCCACGCCCUUUUCCUGACACGGGGAAGUCGAAGCUGCCUUAUUCAAUACUGAGCCAGCCCAUUGAUCUACCUACCUUUAUACUGCCUGCACUGGUUGGCAGCUUCUUUCCUGGGUGUCAGGCAGGAGAUUCUACCCCACGCCCCCAAACCACCCAGGCCAAGCAGGUGUUUUGCCAUGAGCCACAUUACCCACACCCAACACACCUGUUGUAUUUGUGUGUGGUUCAUGGCAGAAAAUUUGCUUGGCCUGCAGAAGAAUUCAAGUUUAAUCCCUGACCUCUAGAGUAGGUGUUGGGGGUGAGCUGAGCAGAGCUGGAUAAUUCCUGUUUCAGGUGUGCCCUUAAAAGCCAACCUUUCUUUCCUUUUUAAAAUACAUUUUUAUUAAUUUUUUAACAUGUCAUUUCCAACAGUCAUUUAACAUACAUUCUUAUCUUACACAACAUUUUAGACUUCUGUCAACUACCUCUGAAGAUUUUCCGUUCUUUAUCACUUAAUCUGCAUUUCUCUAUUAAUUUUAAUUGCCCUUAACUAAUAAUUCCUCUUCAUAGUCUUUCUUGCAAUAUUUCACCUAAUCUUCCUUACAAAACUCAACCUUUCUUUCCAUAGUUUAAGAAAUUUACAGCACGCCUGCCUAUUUCAGCACAUCUACUUGAGUGCGCCUGACAAACUCCCAGCAAUUUAAUUAUAAAAUAUAUUAAAUAGUCAGAAGAGGAUAAAACAAAAUGAUUUCUCGGUUAUAUUUAUGUAUGUCAUUGAUGACUGGCUUUAAACAGCAUUGGGGGAUAUCUGAAGAUGUCUGUCCAGCGGCCGCAGGUGUUGCCCAAGGAAAAGUUUCAAGACUCAUUUAGCCAAAGAAUUCUGUGUAACUCUAAAAGAUUACAUGCAUUUAUAAGAACAACAGCCAUUGGUGCGGUUUUCAUUUCUUCCACAGCUCUCCUAAGUACAAUGAAUUUUGAGGGGUGCGGCUGUCUUGGCAGCUGGCAGAAUUGCCACAUGCUUUUAAAAUACCAGUAUAAUUUAGAAAACCUAUGCAUACUUCUUAAUUUAACUUCCCCACUCUUCAGAGAAGUUGGUGGUUAUAUUAUGAAGCGGUUAUAUUAUUAAAUGAUUAUACUAUCUUAGCGGUCGUAUUAUUAAGUUGUUCCCCUAGCGAUGGUCGGUGACACACAUUUGCACCUUCACUGUAAUUAUGCAAGCAUCAGCUUGGGUACCAGUUUUGCAGUUUAGCAUCUCAACUUUUAAAAUUUAUUUCUUCUAUUGAUAUUGGGGGUGGGGAAGGGACCCUUCCCCCCCACAAACAUUGAGCUCCGGUCAGUUUGCAGGAUCCUAUUCUGAACUCUAAGCCACCUGGUUGGUAUGAUUCCUAAUACUUAGUGCUUAUAUUAUUGAUUGCCAUCAUUGUGGUUUAUUCAGCGUAUAUCCUGCCCUUCCCCUCAAACGGAGUCCAGGGUGGCAAACACAUAUUUAAAGCACCAUCAUUAGAAAACUUCUAAGAACAGCUUUAAAACAAUCACAUUUUCCCAGCUGACAAUUUCAGGGUUGCUAGGAACAGUAUCCUUCGGCCACCAAUGAGAGACGGAUGCACCUUGCCAGGGAAGGCAGUCCACAAAUGGGGAGCCACCACUGAAAAGGCCCUGUCACACAACCCCCAAGGCCUCACCUGCCAAUGAUAAUAAUAAUACUAAUACUACUAAUAAUAUUAAUAAUAAUUUAUUAUUUAUACCCCGCCCAUCUGGCUGAGUUUCCCCAGCCACUCUGGGCAGCUUCCAACAAAAUAUUAAAAAUACAAUAAAACAUAGGAUCCAAUAUCCAAUUACGUAGCUAUUUGUGUCCCAAGUCAUUUAGAGCUUUGUAUGUUAGUCCUGGGACGCAGGUGGCGCUGUGGGUUAAACCACAGAGCCUAGGACUUGCCAAUCAGAAGGUCGGUGGUUCGAAUCCCCGCCACGGGGUGAGCUCCCGUUGCUCGAUCCCUGCUCCUGCCCACCUAGCAGUUCAAAAGCACGUCAAAGUGCAAGUAGAUAAAUAGGUACCGCUCCGGCGGGAAGGUAAACAGCGUUUCCGUGCGCUGCUCUGGUUCUCCAGAAGCGGCUUAGUCAUGCUGGCCACAUGACCCAGAAGCUGUACGCCGGCUCCCUUGGCCAAGAAAGCGAGAUGAGCGCCGCAACCCCAGAGUCGGCCACGACUGGACCUGUUGGUCAGGGGUCCCUUUACCUUUACCUAUGCUAGUCCUAACACUGUGAAUGUCCCUGGUAGCUCAGUGUUUACAGUGUACAAAGUGCUUUACACAGAGAGAUUGUUACAAGAACCCUGUAAGGUAGGAUCAUAGAAUUAUCUCCAUUCUGUGGAUUUGGGAUGGUGGAACGUGAGGCAGUGACUUGCUGAAGGCCACCUUCUCAUUUUACAGUUGAAGCCAAAGGGGAUGCAGAGGGGAACCUCAGUUACCUUCCAAGCUAGCCUACCACAGCAUGGAGCUCCCCAGCGUCCUUGGAACUACAACUUCCAUAAUCCCCAGCCUUGGCUGUUCCAACUGGGGCUGAUGGGAAUUGCAGUCCUGAACAUCUUGUGGGGCACCAGGUUGGGGAAGGCUGCUCCCAACCCGCAAUACUGGAAAUGGACAAGGGGUGAGCUCAGCAGCACAGAAUCAUAGACUUGCAGAGUCGUAAGGGACCCCAAAGGUCCUCUAGUCUAACCCCUUGCAAUGCAGGAAUGCCGUGGGCCACUGUGCCACUCUCAUGCCACGUGACCCCGUCUUCCUCCUUCUAAAUCAGGGGCUCUUUCUCUCUCCUCUCUCCUCAACCAGUUCCCUACAAGUUCUUCUCGGACCCUUCCACCAUCAACGAGAAACGGAAGCAGCGCAGGAUUCGCACCACGUUCACCAGUUCGCAGCUGAAGGAGCUGGAGAGAGUCUUCGCGGAGACCCACUACCCUGACAUUUACACCAGGGAAGAGCUGGCCCUCAAAAUAGACCUCACAGAAGCCAGGGUGCAGGUGAGAGGCUUUUCCUGGCAGCUACAAUGCUGACCCCUUUUUUAAAAAGGGGAAAAAUAAUAAUCAUUUUCCUGGAGAUGGAGGAGGGGGGACAGUGGCUGAUCUUCUGAAAGCCCCAAUUGCUCUGAGCAAUUUAUUUAUUGCAUUUAAAUUAAAUAAUCUUAGAACCAUAGAGUUGGAAGGGACCCUGGGGGUCAUCUAGUCCAACCCCCAGCAGUGCAGAAAUCAUUUGGCCAAUAUGGGCUGAAACCCACGUCCCUGAGAUUAGGAGUCUAGUGCUCUACCGACUGAGCUAUCCCAGGUCUUCUUUAUUGUGUUUAUAUCCCAACUUUCCUCCAAGGCGCUCAAAGGUGGGGGCAUAAUCCCCCUCCCCAUUUUAUCCUCACAAAAACCCUGUGAGGUAGGUUAGGCUGAGUGGUCUUAGGUCACUGUGUGAGUUUCAUGGCCCAGUGGGAAAUCGAACACUGGUCUCCCAGGUCCUAACCACUAUCAGGGCCGGAUUGAGGUUUGAUGAGGCCCUAAGCUACUGAAGGUAAUGGGGCCCUUUAUAUGUCCAGCUGUCCUUUGUCAACAACAAAUGUUUUUUGUGUUGAAUAUAUGCUAUAUGGUAAUUUAUGGACCUAAUAGGUAUCUCAAGCCAUUUGCACAGGUUGCCCUGCAACCAAUCCAUGCAGAAUGUAGGUACCCUAUACAUAGAAAGGAGCAAAGCAGUGAUAUUUGAGGGAGCAGGCUAGCAGGCGGGGCCCAUGACUUACAUCACAGGAGCCUACACAACACAAAACACUGUUACUGUAUGUAGGUUUUAUUUUAUUUGUUUUUUAUCUUAUAUUUGGAAAUGCACAUCCAUUUUUUCCCUUUAAUUUAUUUUGGGGCCCCCAAGAGAGUGGGGCCCUAAGCUAUAGCUUGUUUAGCUUAUAUGUAAAUCCGGCACUGACCAUUAUGUCAUGCUGCCUCUCAUUUCCCUGUGGGUCACUGCAGAGAAAGCCUACCUUUCUCAAUAUUGUCUCCCCCCUGUGGUCCCCAAACCUUUUUGAACCCCUGCCCCCUUGGUUCCAUUAACUCGUCCCCAGUGCCCACUAUUCUACCCCUUUUUUAAAAAAAAGCAUAACUCAGAAUAGCAGUUUCCACUAAGGAAGGUAAGAACACACUAAACUUCAAAGCAGUAACAAUUAAUGGCACAUUUAUGCAAAAUCCAGUUUGUCAAAGUUGGAUAGCCAUUUUCACAUCAGUGCCCCCCUCCUGCUGCCCCCUUGCCUCUUAGCAUUCCUGUAGGUACCAGCCCCCCCCCCACUUUGGGGUCCAGUCUGAGCCUCUGCCAGCCCUUCCAAUCCCGCAGGCGAUUGGACUUGGCACCUUCUGCAUGCAAAGCUGCAGCCCUGCCCCUAAAAAUAAAUUUCAAUAUUCUAGUCCUCAUUGUUUGGGGUGCGGGGGGGGGGGGAGAGCUGAAUUAAACAGGAAGCUGCCUUAUACUGAGUCAGACCAUUGGUCCAUCUACCUUAGUACUGCCCACACUGACUGGCAGCAGUCAUUAAGCACCUUUAGGCGCCAGGAGAAAACGUUCCCAUUCCACCAGGCAUUGGGCUGUUUAACGUCUUGUAUUCCUUUUUAAGGACUUGGGUGGUGCUGUGGGUUAAACCACAGAGCCUAGGACUUGCUGAUCAGAAGGUCGGUGGUUCGAAUGCCCGUGACGGGGUGAGCUCCCGUUGCUCAGUCCCUGCUCCUGCCAACCUAGCAGUUCGAAAGCACGUCAAAGUGCAAGUAGAUAAAUAGGUACCGCUCCGGCGGGAAGGUAAACGGCGUUUCCGUGCACUGCUCUGGUUAGCCAGAAGCGGCUUAGUCAUGCUGGCCACAUGACCCGUAAGCUGUAUGCCGGCUCCCUCGGCCAAUAAAGCUAGAUGAGCGCCGCAACCCCAGAGUCGUCCGCGACUGAACCUAAUGGUCAGGGGUCCCUUUACCUUUAUUCCUUUUUAGAUGUGUUUGUGGGAGAGCAUGCGGAGAAGGCGUGGGUGCUGGUUUUAGUUUCUGCUCUUGUUUCCGUUAUGUAUUUUCACAGAAUCAUAGAACGGCUGAAUUGUAGAGUUGGAGGAGAUCCUGAGGAUCAUCUUGUCCAACCUGCUUCAAUGAAGGAAUCUCAUUUGAAAAGGCCUUCUUCUCACCUAUCCACAGCUCCCAAAAGCGGGCACAGAUCUGGAUUAAAUGUGCCUGCGGCGAUUUAUAUGCAAUGAUGCAAAUUUUGGAACAAUUACGAGAAUUACUGAUCAAAAAAGCUUUAGUAUUUUUAUGUUGUGAACUGAGAUCUACAGAUGAAGGGCAGUAUAAUAAUAAUAAUAAUAAUAAUAAUAAUAAUGAAAUAAUUUCAGGCAGGGAGUCUCUCCUAGCCCUAACGGGAGUUAUCAUUGGGGAUCCAACCUGGGACGUUUUGCAUGCCAAGCAGCUGUUCUGCCACUGAGCUGCAGCCCUGUCUUCCCCUCUCUCCCCAACCGCAAUGCCUGCUUGUUGUUCACCUGCCCUCCCCUCCUCCUCCUCCAACCCAGGUCUGGUUCCAGAACCGCCGUGCCAAAUUUCGCAAGCAGGAGCGGGCUGCCAACGCCAAGGGCCAGAAUGGCAGCAACGGCGGCCCCUCGGCCAGCAAGAAGCCGGACCCCCGCUCCUCUUCGGAGGACGACGAAUCCAAGGAGUCCAACUGCAGCCCCACCCCGGACAGCACCGCCUCCCUGCCCAUCGCGGGCAGCCUGAACAGUCCCGGCAGCAGCCUGAGCCCCAGCCCGGGCACGGGGCAGCAGGGGCUGGGGCCUGGCCACGCCAGCCAAGCCCUCAAGGCGCCCCUGUGGGCCGGGGUCAGCACCAGCAACGGGCCCACCAACACGGCCGACCUCCUGAAGGCCUGGCAGCCGGCCGAAACCAUGUCGGGCCCCUUCUCUGGGGUCCUGUCCUCCUUCCACCGGAAGCCCAACCCCCUCAAAGCCAACCUCUUCUAA